UGUAUGGGAACUUCAGAAGUCACUUAUGACUCUCACAACUAUGAGGACAUUCUACGUGCCGUUUCUCUAAUAUUCUACAUGAAUGUUGUGAAACGAUGCCAUUUAAAUAUAAGUAGUAAGACGCAAGAUAUGAUGGAGAAUAUGGCAGAGGAGACCAUGGAAGCUCAUUUAGAGACAACAAAGCAGAGACUGACAAGAAAAAGAAAAAAAAUAUGUUAUACUAAAAGUUCAGAGGAAGAUCAUUCAUCAGAUUCAGAAUACAUAGAGAAAUCUAAGGGAAAACAAACAAAACGGUCACAUAGAAAAGCGAACUGUGACGGUAUGGAUAAGUUUUCAUCAGUAGAGACUUCAGAGGCACCAAAAACUUCAGAAAAUAUUGAUACUUCGCGUGAAAUUAUCCAAUCGACUCAACAAGCCUCAAUUUUUACACUGCAAAAACCAAUCAUAACAAAAAUCAUGUAUGAUAGAUAUUCACCAUACCUCAUUUGUGCAUUUAACGCGACAAUAAAUUACAUCAAAGAAACUGUUGAAGAAGGAGUCUACAUAAAAGUAAAAAAUUUAUUACAAGCAAAAGACCGACUUAUUUUGCAGGAAACUUUGGUUAAGAAGCUAGAUGCGAUAUUUGAAACAGACUACAUAGGGAUCGAAUCAAAAAUCUUUUCAGAAACAGUUAUCAGCGGUGACAACCUGGCAGAAGAAGCAAGGUUCAACUUCUUCAUAAGGGACGCACUCCUAGAUUUUGUUGCUAACUUUAGGUACAGAAUGCCGAGAGUUUUAGACCGUGAAAUAUCUGAAAGAACCUAUAUUGUGGAAUUUCUUUCACCUAUCUUCUAUGCAUUUCGAAAUGCUUUUCCAGAUAUUAAAUACGAUUGGAUCGAAAAAAUGUUGCCUCAAUAA